AAUUAUUAGCUGUCCUCACUACCACCCAGUACUGCAAAACUUCAGGGUGACUUUAUAUUUUUCUUGGGUGGCAGCUUGGUGGGAUCACAUUUGGUGCAGAUAGCAAGCUUACCUUUACAGAAAGAUGGCAUUCCUUCUGCCUGUUGUAUUCGUCAUGUUCCAUGGACUUUCUUCGGCAGGUAUCUUGAAUGUAAGGCUGAGUGACGGGCCAGACCGUUGUACGGGAAGAGUGGAAAUCUUUGUGCACAAUGAAUGGGGCACCAUUUGUGAUGAUGAUUGGGACAUGGCAGAUGCAGCUGUAGUGUGCAGAGAGCUGUCAUGUGGAACGGCCAUCCGGGCCCCACCUGCUGCUGCCUUUGGUUUUGGGAAAGGGAAAAUCUGGUUAGAUAAUGUCAAAUGCAGAGGAGAUGAAUCACUAUUACAUCAGUGCAAUCAUAAAAAAAUUGGAGCACACGACUGUGACCACAAAGAAGAUGCUAGCGUUGUUUGCUCAGGUUCAAAGACUCUGUUAGAUCUUUUUGAGGAUAGUGAACGUGUGUCUACAGAAUCAUUAGAACCUACACCAAUGAGCUCUCCUGCACCUACUGAACCAAUCGUCAGUUUGAAGCAGAUGAGUGCCCGGGCUGCUGAUCAUAUUGAGCCUGGGAGUAUCAGACUGGUAAAUGGAGGAGGCCGCUGUGCAGGUCGUGUAGAAAUAUAUUACAAUGGCACUUGGGGGACGGUAUGUGAUGAUUUGUGGAAUAUGAGCAGUGCAAGAGUCGUCUGCAGGCAGCUUCACUGCGGGGAGCCCAUCUCCGCAAACAUAAAAGCAUUUUUUGGAGUAGGCAAAGGAGUUAUCUGGUUGGAUAAUGUGCGGUGUAUAGGAAGUGAAAAUACCCUGAGAGACUGUAAUUCUCACUGGUGGGGCAAACAUGACUGUGUACAUGAUGAGGAUGCCGGAGUCGUAUGUUCAGAUCACCUAAGUGGCGUGGCUUCUAUGUAUAAUGAAGAUACAGCAAAGACAACUAAGACAUCAAAACCAGUGCAGCCUACGUCAGGAACUCCAGACACAUCUCACCACUUGUCUCCUGAGUCUCCACAAUAUUCCCCAGUUGAUCACCUAAGUGGUGCAGCUUCUAUCUAUAAUGAAGAUACAGAAAAGACAACUAAGACAUCAAAACCAGUGCAGCCUGUGUCAGGAUCUCCAGACAAAUCUCACCACUUGUCUCCUGAGUCUCCACAACAUUCCCCAGUUGAUCACCUAAAUGAAGACCCACUGCAGUCUCUAUUGGGAAAACUAAACACAUCAGACCAGUUGUCUACUUCUCCUAUGACGUCUCCACCGCAUUCCCUAAAUGCUACAGAGCCUGGAAGCAUCAGACUGGUGAAUGGAGGAGGCCGCUGUGAGGGCCGCGUAGAAAUAUAUUACAAUGGCACUUGGGGGACGGUAUGUGAUGAUUUGUGGAAUAUGAAUAAUGCAAGAGUUGUCUGCAGGCAGCUACACUGCGGGGAGCCCAAAGAUGCAAAGAUAAAAGCAUUUUUUGGAAGCGGUAAAGAAAGAAUUUGGAUGGAUAAUGUGGAGUGUGAUGGAAGUGAAAACGCCCUGAAUGACUGUAAUUUUCCUGGGUGGGGCUUACAUGACUGCUCACAUAAUGAGGAUGCUGCAGUUGUGUGUUCAGAUCAAGCAGCUUCUGUUUAUAAUGAAGAUACAGCUAAGACAACAUCAAAACCAGUGCUGCCUGCGUCAGGAACUCCAGACAAAUCUCACCACUUGUCUCCUGAGUCUCCACAACAUUCCCCAGUUGCUACAGAGCCUGGAAGCAUCAGACUGGUGAAUGGAGGAGGCCGCUGUGAGGGCCGCGUAGAAAUAUAUUACAAUGGCACUUGGGGGACGGUAUGUGAUGAUUUGUGGAAUAUGAGCAGUGCAAGAGUCGUCUGCAGGCAGCUACACUGCGGGGAGCCCAAAGAUGCAAAGAAAGAUGCAUUUUUUGGAAGCGGUGAAGAAAGUAUCUGGAUGGAUAAUGUGGAGUGUGAUGGAAGUGAAAAUGCCCUGAAUGACUGUAAUUUUCGUGGGUGGGGCUUACAUGACUGCUCACAUAAUGAGGAUGCUGGAGUUGUGUGUUCAGAUCAAGCAGCUUUCGUUUAUAAUGAAGAUACAGCAAAGACAACUAAGACAUCAAAACCAGUGCUGCCUACGUCAAGAACUCCAGACAAAUCUCACCACUUGUCUCCUGAGUCUUCACAACAUUCCCCAGUUGAUCACCUGAGUGGCGCAGCUUCUAUCUAUAAUGAAGAUACAGCAAAGACAACUAAGACAUCAAAACCAGUGCAGCCUACGUUGGGAACUCCAGACAAAUCUCACCACUUGUCUCCUGAGUCUCCACAACAUUCCCCAGUUGAUCACUUAAGUGGUGCAGCUUCUAUCUAUAAUGAAGAAACAGCAAAGACAACUAAGACAUCAAAACCAGUGCAGCCUACGUCAGGAACUCCAGACAAAUCUCACCACUUGUCUCCUGAGUCUCCACAACAUUCCCCAGUUGGUAAAACUCUCACAGGCCUGGAUCCUGCGCAACCAACACGUCAAACCCAAACUCAUGAUUUACCAGAUGAAGGAAAACUGGAUCCUGAAUGCACAAAGAAAAUCAAAAUACUAUCCUGUGAAUCUCGCCAGUAUCCAGAGCUUAUUGAAGUGUUAAAAGAUAUGAGGAAUGAUUUCAGAGCAUUCUCUGCUGCAUUCCAGGAACAGAAAGGAGAACUAAAAUCAAUAGCGCAAAACCUACACCAGCUCUCAUCCUCUUUACAAGAAAUACUCGCCCAAAAUAUUGCUCUUCAGAAAAGCACUGCUUAAUUAUACACAUUCAUUUACUCACAUAUAACAGCUCCCAGAAACCGCAAGAUAAAGGAAGUAGUAUAUAAGUACAGUAUCGGACCCCUUAUCCAGAAACCCGUUAUCCAGAAAGUUCCAAAUUACGGAAAGGCCAUCUCCCAUAGA